AUGACGAGCUUGGAUCCCCUCAGUCAGGAAUCUCAUGAAUCAAAGCUGGGUAUGCGAAGGUUGAUGGCCAUGCAGGCUCAAUUGAAGACCAGGUCCAUUGUGGCUGAGCAGGGCUACAUGAUCCUAAAGAAAUUGAUAUCUCUCGUUGUGCAAAAAGAGAUGGAGAAGAUGCUCGAGGUUCCGGAACCAUAUGACGAGGAGACACACGACUCAGGCCACCUACGUGAUGAGGUCGCAGUUAGGGACAACACUAGUGAGACCCAGACGAAUUUGGGAACAGCCCUGAGCUUGACCGACACCGGUGAGGGCUUUCAGGGCGGAUUGGACACAAAUUUUCUUCCGUCUUCAGAAGAAUUAGACGCUUUAUCGUUCGACUUUUAUGAAGACCCAACCGUUACACAGGCGUUAAUCGACUUUGAACAAGUUAUGAAUUAUCCACCCAGUGACCAACCUGACGAGGCCACUUUCGGAGCCGCCGGCCCUGAAUAUGCGACUGGAAGCUGCUUUGGCGGCCAGGACCAAAAUUGGAUAUGGGGCCAGAAUCUCCGUCUCUAG